AUGGUUAUUCUCGACCUUACUAAAUUUGUCCAAAUUCCGCCCACCUCAAACUUACACCCCCCGCCCCCCGGAAUUAGACAUUGGCGAACUGCGAAGUGCGCCGCCUCGGAUCUACCCCCACUUUGGGACAACACGUUACUACGUCCAAACAGGUCCGUUUACUACUACCUCGACAACGUCGAGUUUGUGUGUACCGCGUGCUACACCAGCGACGGCGGCUCCCGAGCCAGGGCGAGGCACAUGUGCCAGGCGGAUGGCACGUGGGUGGCACACAAAGGCUACACACAACCAUUCUGUGUUCUGAAGUGCCAGGAUGACGAAGAGUACUGUUCUGACUUAAAGGAUUACUGCUAUGUUCCUGAUCUUGCCGAGGAGCUCUGGCAAAGCUGCGCUGCGACUUGCAACGUACCCGCACAGUGCAACGGUGAGUUGAACGCACCCCGUCAGAGACGGGAGGAGAAGGGGGAUAACUCGUGGCAGAGCGCACGACUGAUGUGUAGUAGGUCGCAGGGUCUAGCGGUCUCGAUAAACUCACGUUUUACUGCUGUUCCAAUCAGUAUCCCACGACUGGGACAUCAAAGGCCAUGUUAUGUACUGUCCUGUUUAUGGUAAAGUGCAUAUGAGUGAUCCUUUCCUGUAUCUAUGUGGAGGCAGGACCCAGCCUCCCCUUGCUCUGUUUCCAUUUCCUCUCUCUCUGUCUGUCUGUCUCUCCGUCUGUCUGUCUCUGUCUGUCUGUCUGUCUGUCUCUCUCUC